CAUGAGCGCGGUCCCCGACGCUAGCGCCACCGUUGCCACGAUUCCUACUUGCCGGCGGCGUACGACGGGGGGCCGCACGAGUCGUCUGCCCAGCCGGUACGCCGGCUUUUCAUUCAUUGAGCUUUCUCGAGAAGUACGCGCCGACCGCGAGCGGUCGUUGCGCUAAACCGGAGUCACCAUGGACGCCAUGUACACGGCUGGCGCGCACAUGACCAAGCACCUGCAAGAGAACUUUGACGGCUACGACCGCUUCUUCUCGUGGGUUUCGUUCGUGGCCGAUCCGCCGCGCAACCUGCUCUGGUACUAUCCGAUCGCAUUAACAUUCAGCACUCCGCUGGGCGUCCGUAUCCUCAUCGCGUCAUCGUGCUCCGAGUUCCUCAACGUCGCCAUCAAGUGGGUGCUCAACGAGCACCGGCCCUUUUGGUACGUCAAACUCAAGUCGGACAUGGGCAUCCAGCUCGCGCAGACGUCGCAGACGUGCGAGACGGGCCCGGGCUCGCCGUCCGGACACGUCAUGAUCACCGCGGCCGUCCUGUACGUCGUGAUCCGCUACGCUCUCAGCCGCAUGGACAAGACCCGCCUCGGACGACGCCGGUACCUCAAGGCGAUCGUGUGGCCCGCAUACGUCUGCUACCUGACCGCCGUCGGCGCGUCCCGGGUCUUCAUCGGGGCGCACUUCCCGCAUCAAGUGAUGCUGGGCUUCGCCAUGGGCGUCGCGACGGGCUACGCCCUGGAGCGGUUCGACGUCGACCAGUGGCACUUCCCCGAGUACGCGUCCCUGAGCGGCAUCAUGGCCAUGACGUGCGCCACCGUGUUCGCCGCCUUCACGGCGCUCGGCGUCGACCCGCAGUACACGGUCCGCCUGGCCCUCGAGGCCUGCGACGACCCCCGCUACGUGAACCUCAACUCGACGGUCCUCUACAGCAUGAUGCGCAACAUCGCGUGCCCCUUGGGGGUCGGCAUCGCCAUGUCGAGGCCCAACGCCGGCAGGGUGACGGAAGGCGCCAAGCGGGCGCCCGUGUGGGCCAAGCUGCUGGCGGGACUGGCGGGCGUCGGCAUCGGACGCAUCUUGCUCGCCUGUCCGCUGCCCAAGCGCGAGUCGUGCAUCUACGCCGGAGCGUUGAUCCAGUUCUGCUUCUUCACCUUCGCCGUCAGCUACGGGAUUCCCUACGUCCUGUACAAGAAGUACAAGCAGGUCAACAAAGUUCUCGCGACACGUCCGAAGAAGAAGGACUCCUCUUCCAGUUCCUCUUCGGAUGAGGAGUAAAGAAGAGGUAUACGUCAUGGGGGUGUUCCCUUGGGAGAAGACCUAGAAAGACAGAUGGUGGUUUGUUGUCGUGUGGGGAGGAUGGCGCAUGCAUGGAUGUGCAAGUGUGUGUGUUCAUUUCGGCCACUAGCAUCGCUAGAGGGCUCACACAGAAUCUCAAAUUCCAAAGAGCGCAGCGUCUCUCAUAUGGCCCCUGGUGGUUGCGUGGAAAAUAAAGUGAAGCGUGAACGUCUCUUGGGGUUUAACCAGAGAUGUCUGAUCAAUGGUCUGAUCAAUGUGGCUGAAAGUAUGUGUCUGCAUUUGAGUUCCAUAUUAUGACGUAAAACUUUCAACUUUUGUUGGCUUCGAUGGCUCUGCCGUACUGAGGUGUAAGACAACAUGCCAGAUGAUUAUCGGUACACCUUUCUCAUGUCAGUAGAACCAGGGAUUACUUCAGUCAGUAGCUGGUCCUAACACAUCCAGCUGUGAUAACGCACAAUCAUAAUCGUGCAACACGUCUAGUUUAUGGUGACUGUUUACAUCUGUUGGUUGUUAGUUGUUGGUUGGUGUGUGUGCAUUAAGCUCUUUGUUAACAUAGAUGUGCAACCGCAUUUGCACUUGCCUAGAGCGCUCAAAAUUGUACACCUAUUUUCAGUGACUGCCUGUGGGCUUGCCAUGGAACAGCCUCUAGUGCAGUCAUGUGGAAAGAAUUUUACAGCUGCGUUACAAAAGAUUUACUGCACAUAAUGUAGGUGCUCUAAGCAAGUUUGAUUGUGGCUGUAGUGUUAAAAUGUGCAGUGUUGUGCAAUAGAAUGCUUAGGGCUUUAUGCCUUCUCAACCCUGUGAUCAAGUUGUGAAAAUCAGAAAUUGUUCACACAGCUGUUCUGAAUCCUAGGUUUAUAAGGUUAUAUAUAUAUAGAAAGGCUCUUGUAGUGACAACGGCUAUCAAGAAUGCUGCUAGUGUCGCAACACUGUCACCAUCUUUCCAAAAGCAGAGGUACUUAGAAUGUCCCUAUAACGAGUCAAGUGUCCAUUCCCAGUGCUUUUCAAAUGCUUUAAUAAAUCCCUGAUGAAAGAUACAGAA